UGAGGAUACAACUUUCCCAACUGGACAGGAUUUGGUGCUAACUGCUAAGACUAAAAUGUCGGACGCAGACAAGUUCCUGUAUGGGGACCGCAGUGGGGUCAACAACCCCCUGGCCCAGGCCGACUGGGCGUCCAAAAAACUGGUGUGGGUCCCAUCUGAGAAGCUGGGCUUUGAGGCUGGCUCUCUCAAAGAGGAGACGGGAGAGGAGUGUCUGGUUGAGCUUGUGGACUCUGCCAAAAAGAUCAAAGUAAAUAAAGAUGACAUUCAGAAGAUGAACCCCCCCAAAUUCAAUAAAGUGGAGGACAUGGCUGAGCUGACCUGUCUGAAUGAAGCUUCAGUGCUGCACAACAUCAAAGAGCGAUACUACUCUGGCCUCAUCUAUACAUACUCGGGUCUCUUCUGUGUUGUGGUCAACCCGUACAAGCACCUGCCCAUCUACACAGAGGAGAUUGUGAACAUGUACAAGGGCAAGAAGAGACACGAGAUGCCCCCUCACAUUUACGCCAUCACAGACAACGCAUACCGCAGCAUGAUGCAGGACCGUGAGGACCAGUCUAUUCUUUGCACGGGAGAAUCUGGAGCAGGAAAAACUGAAAACACCAAGAAAGUAAUUCAGUACUUGGCCCAUGUUGCGUCAUCUUCCAAAUCCAAAAAAGAGCAGGCCCAUGCAGUUUUGACACAUGGUGAACUGGAGAAACAACUGCUACAAGCUAACCCCAUCCUGGAGGCCUUUGGCAAUGCCAAGACCGUCAAGAAUGACAACUCUUCACGAUUUGGAAAAUUCAUCCGGAUCAACUUUGAUGUCACAGGAUACAUCGUUGGAGCCAACAUUGAAACUUAUUUGUUGGAGAAGUCUCGGGCCAUUAGACAAGCUAAAGAAGAACGGAGUUUCCACAUUUUCUAUUAUAUGCUGACGGGUGCAGGGGAAAAGCUGCGCUCUGAACUGUGCCUUGAGGAUUAUAAAAAAUACCGGUUCUUGUCCAAUGGAAACAUGACCAUCCCCGGCCAACAGGACAAAGACAUGUUCACUGAAACCAUGGAGGCGUUUCAGAUUAUGGGCAUCCCAGAGGAAGAGAGUAUAGGUUUGUUGCGGGUGGUGUCUGCCGUUUUACAGCUUGGUAACAUGACCUUCAAGAAGGAGCGUCACUCAGACCAGGCCUCCAUGCCCGAUGAUACUGCUGCUCAGAAAGUGUGUCAUCUCCUUGGCAUUAAUGUGACAGACUUCACUCGAGCUAUCCUGUCUCCACGAAUCAAGGUUGGCAGAGACUAUGUACAGAAGGCCCAGACUCAGGAGCAGGCAGAGUUUGCUGUGGAGGCUCUGGCCAAAGCCUCAUACGAGAGGAUGUUUCGGUGGUUGGUGAUGAGGAUCAACAAAGCACUGGACAAGACCAAACGGCAGGGAGCAUCCUUCAUCGGUAUCCUGGACAUUGCAGGAUUUGAGAUCUUUGAGUUGAACUCAUUUGAGCAGCUGUGCAUCAACUACACCAAUGAGAAGCUGCAACAGCUGUUCAACCACACCAUGUUCAUCCUGGAGCAGGAGGAGUACCAGCGCGAGGGCAUCGAGUGGAGCUUCAUUGACUUCGGUUUGGACCUGCAGCCCUGUAUCGACCUCAUAGAGAAACCGGCUGGACCCCCAGGCAUCCUGGCUCUGCUCGAUGAAGAGUGCUGGUUUCCCAAAGCCACAGACAAGACCUUUGUGGAGAAGUUGGUGCAGGAACAGGGAACUCACCCCAAGUUUCAGAAACCAAAGAAACUCAAAGAUGAUUCUGACUUCUGUAUCAUUCAUUAUGCUGGAAAGGUUGACUAUAAAGCAGAUGAGUGGUUGAUGAAAAACAUGGAUCCAUUGAAUGAGUGUGUAGCCACUUUGCUGAACCAGUCCACUGACAAAUUCACUUCUGAUUUGUGGAGGGAUGACAAGACACGAGCUCUCUCCACUCACAGUGACUUGCAUUACUACACUGCUAAACUAAACCAUUGUUCCCCCCUCUCAGGCCCCAUUCUAUUCUAUAACAAUCUAUUCACAUUGAUAAGUUCAUGCUAUUUGUUUCAGACUGCCAAUGAUAAGGCGCAGGUGGUGAGGAGGAGGAGGAAGAAAGAGGCAACCAAUCCAGAGGAAAAGAGCACAAAGAAGAACAAAGUACCUAAACAGGGAUUGACCACUCUCAGGCCAGAGAAGAAGAAGAGGAAGAAGUUGAUGAAGGAUUCCUUGUACCUGGCUGCGAUGCUCAGGAGAUUUUCUCGUGAGAAAGAAGACCUGCGUAAACGGACUGCUAACGCUUCUCAUACGGGGUUGGCUUCAGGUUUGGCCAACAAGGCUCACUCCACAAACUCUAACCAUAUGCUAGCCGCUAACUCCUCAAACGCCGCGGGCAGCACAGCGAGUGACCUGCUGCUGGCUGACCUCACAGCGGACCCUGCUGUCAUGUCUCUCCUGGGCUCUGCCAAUGAGAAGGAGCUCCAGGAUCUACUUGGAGACCUGGACUUUAGUUUGUUGGACUCAGACCAGGCGAGAGAAAAUGGAAUUCUGGGAGUGGGCUCAUCUUCUCAUAAAGGAGGGGGUCAGGGGCGGAGCUUGUUCUCCCCUCCACCGCUGCCCAACGGACUUCCAGCGCCUCUCAUUAAACGCAUCGAGGACCUGCGGGCGGCCUCGAGGCAGUUUGAUCAGGAGGGCAGGAAGAAAUUUUUCACCCUGGACAUGAAUAACAUUCUGCUGGAUAUUGAGCUGCAGGUCCAGGAGCAGCCUCACGAGCUUCGCGCUGACAUCUACUCUCACCUGGAGGCGUUUGUACCCUGCAACAAAGAGGCACUCCUCAAAAGACUCAAGAAACUCAGCCUCAACAUCCAGGAUGACCGUAUGCGGACGCCUCUGCUCAAACUCAAGUUGGCCGUCUGCAGUGUAAUGCCCGAGCAGAUCGCCAGAUACAACAUGGACUGCAUGGCCAAGGCUGCUAAGCAGCAGUCAGAGGAAGGAGAAAAGAACGGCUCAGACGAGGAGGAUGAGGAAAAACCAGGCAAACGGGUGAUGGGUCCAAGGAAGAAGUUCAUCUGGGAUGAUAAGCUCAGGGCCCUGCUGUGCAGUUUGGUGAGAGUGAAGCUGAGCUGCUAUGAGAUGGAGAACCAGUGUUCUCUGUCUGUGGAGGACUACCUCAAGGCCUUCUUUGAGAAUGAGGUCAAACCACUGUGGCCAAAGGGCUGGAUGCAGGCCAGGAUUUUGUUUAAGGAAAGUCUAACUGUUCAUGGUCACCUCACUGGAAACUUAGUCAAGAGGAGGGUGAUGCCAGGACCCAAGGCCAAAGCACGGGAGUCUGCCUGGGUCCAAAAGCCUGCUCUUAUGGGUGCGUCUCCUGUUCUACAGUCCACCCCCGCUGCGCCUCGUCAGCUGCCCUCCACCUCUCCGUCAGAGCCCAUUUGUUUGUCGGACUCUCUGGAUGAAGACCUGACCGCCCCCUCUUUGGACUCUAUCUCUCAUGCACUGGCCCUCCUCAGUAACACGUCCAAGGGCCUGGGCUCUUCUGAAAGCCCCCUGUCGCCUCCUCCUCUACAGAUGCCCAACUCAUCCCCACCACCCAUCGCACCUCACUACCCCCCUGCGCAGCAGUCCCAGGCUAAAACUGGGACUUUACCAAUUAGUUCUACCUCCUUUUCUAGCUCUUCCUCUCCCACUGUGCUCUGUGGGUCCCGGGGGACACCAGGGGGGCAGACACUCUCCUCGAGGACUGCAGAGGGUUUGUAUGGACCCAUCAAAGGCAUUGGACAAACCCCAAAUCAGAGACACGUUGCCAUGGCAUCGCCUACUCACAGACAGGGCUUAAUCAUGGGUAGUGCCAAGCUUCACCCACAUCCCUCUCCAUCCCCCCCAAAGCGCCCCCCUCCCACAGCCUCCCCCCUGCUGCCCCCCCAUCAGAGGACCUUCUCCAGUGCAGCAGGGGUGCUGAGCUCGAUGGGGUCACAUCAGGCCGUGACCAAAGCUACAGCCAACGGCAGCGUCACAUCUGCCCCCUCACCCUCCGCAUCCCGCUCCAACGCCCCCCACUCCAUGCAGUCCUUCUGCCCCCCCUCCCCUCAGGUCUCCUCACCUCCUGCCACGCCAACCACACACUCCUCUGCUGCCAAAGCUCCUCAGCCUAACUUCAUCACCCCAAUGCAGGCCACUCUGACCAAGGCGUCUCACACCAAUGCAUCUCCCAUUAUCAAACUGACCCCCCGGCCCGCAGUGCCCACACCACCCCCUUCCCCCUCUCCCUCACAAAUGACCCACCACUCCCUGUCCAGCCCGCACCAGUACCCCCCUAAACCCUUCAGACCCCCAUUCACUGUCCCGGGCGGGAAGCAGACUCCUGGCAGUAGUAGCAUUCUCAAUAAUAACUCUAACAACCGAACUCCCCCUCCCCCUGCCCCCUCACCCUCGGCCAAUCAGAUGCAGAGAUCGAGGGUUGUGGGCGGGACCAACCAGAGCUCCAAGGCAGGUAAUGGCUGGUCGUCUUCAGGAAGUUUGCCUACGUCCUCAACAACAUCACACCUUCCACAGGCGUCAAAUACUGGUUCCUCGCUCCUGGGAAACUCGUCCAAUAUGCCGCUUGGCUUUGGCAUGCUGGGAGGCCUGGUGCCCGUCUCACUGCCCUUCCAGUUUCCCCCUCUGCUCAACUUCAGCCCCUCUGCCCCAGGGGCUGCUGGGAUGGGCUCCACCCCCAGCUCCAACUCAGGAUACCCCUUAGCACAGAACGACCUGAUGGAUCUGUAUAAGAGUCUCCAGUCAGGGUCGCAGGCUGCCCUACCUCCUCACUUGCAGCUUGCUUUCUCAGAUUCGAACCAAAGCCAGGGAGGAGACAAGAGGAAGCCCCACUGACCAAUCAGAGCGCAGGGCCACUUCCCACCCCCUGGAAUCAUCCAAUAGGAAUCUUUAUUUGUAAUCAUGUGGUAUUAUUGGGCCUCGUCUUAACGGACCUAAGGACGAAGUGGCAAUGAUGAAUUAUGACCUGAACUGUAUUUUCUAUUGAACCGGGUAUGAGAACAAGACAGAGUGAAUGGUAAAUACACCUAUUUUUUGUUUUAUUUUUUUUUAUUUUGUCGACAUGUUUACAUAAGACCGACCUUGAUCACUGUGGAUGGAGUGAGAGCGAGGUGUUGGUACCGAAAGAGGAAAUAACACUAUCUUUAUUAUAUAAUUUGUAUUUAAGCUUAUGUAGGAGACCAGGACUCUUGCAGUAUAUAAAGCAAAACAGAUGAUAAUGAAUUUUUAUUUUUAUGUUUCGUUUCCGACGUGGGAUCCAUUGUGUCCGCUAAGUUUUAUUGUUGGUCACGUCUUUUCCCACAAAAUGACUGUUAAGUAGUAGCUUAAUUUAAUGUUGAUAAAUUAUUUGUAAAGUUCACAGGGACAAAACAUUGUUAUUAUGAAGUUAUGAAAGCGCGCAGGUUGAUUUUUUGGGAUACGUGUAUGUACAUAGGAAAACUAUAUACUGUUAAUUUGUUACAGAUGCUCUUGUAUGAACGCCCUCUUUAGUUGGCUCCGCAGUGUGCUAGGUGCUAAAAUCACACUGGACCUUUUUGUGGAAUUAAGACUUGAAUUAAAAUUGUCCAGGCUCUUCUUCAGGUCAGAGGAGCGUCCAAUAAAGAUCCACUAUGGAGCUUUUCAAGGUAGAGGUCCAUCUACUUUUCUACAUUACUGUGAAUAUUCCACAGUGCACAAUUAAACUUACACAAUUACAUGUAUUUUUAUUGUUCAAAGAAAUAGCUUAAACGUGCAUUCUUUCUAUGAGCGUGGUCCCCUUUCCACAGAUCUGACCUGUAAUUUGGCCUGCUUAUCAUCAUGGAGAUGACUAAUAUUUCUUACAAAACAAUUAUGUCUCCAGAGUCAGAAAGGUAGCGCACACUCCACAAGAAAAGCUCCAUAGUGCAACUUUUAAGGAAGAGGGCACACGUCAAGAUUGUAGCUUACUUGAAUUGUUUUGAGUUAACUUUUUUUUUUUUAGUAAUUGUUUUUCUGCUUAUUGACUCAAAUCAACUUAAUAUAACUUGACGCCUUAGUUUGUAUUUGACAUAAGAGAAAGGAACUAUGCAGGACCAUAAAACGCUCAAUGCAAAAGUACAAGUCAUGGCUUGGCUCACAACCUGUUUAAGUUGAAGUCUGCGUGUGUCAGUUGGAUGGCUGUUCUUCCACACAUAGACGAACCUUCCCUUGAUUACCUCCGUUAACAAAACCGUUCUUCCUCCUCGGCCCCGUUUGAAUGUGGGAUGGACAGCUGCACCGAGAAUGCCGCCAAAGAUGUAUGAGUAGGUCUCUGUGAUGGGGUCAGCUGCUCCGUCUGUGUGUGUCCGUGUGUGUGUGCGUGUAUGUGAAAGAGGCAGUGAGUGACAUUCUAAAUUAUGUUCGACAGGGACAAAAAAAAAUACAUUUCAUGGUUAAAUUGUAACCUAAUUUGGUCUUUUGUAGAUUAUUUUUUGUGUCAAUGAUAAAAUUAAAACAAGUGGUUUUCAACAUCAA